AUGCCGACCGAUACACGAGACCCCUCGCUCGCCAGCAUUCUUGUGGCUCGCUUUUUGCGAACAAAUAAUUAUACCCAGACUCUCCGGGCAUUCAUUCAGGAAGCGGGACUCCCCGCCGAUGCGGGACACGUCGGUCUGAAAAAAGAUAACGACUCGAGCAGUUGGACCAUCGAGGGUGUGAUCGAAGAGAAACGUGUCUUUGAUCAGAGUGUCAAGUCCGAGCGAUACGGUGAUAGCGACAAGGAGAAUGAUCUCUGGAGUACACCCGCACCGUCCUCACCGACUGUCGUCCAGAUCCCAACAUCUUCAAAUGUGUUGGCCUGCUCUGUAGACACCUGGAAGUACGAUGAGGAUGAAAGCUCGCAAUCUUCGUCGGCGUUGUCGUCUUACAUAGUGGCCACCGGUGCGGACAGGCAACUUCAUCUCAUCGAUACCGCGCCGGGCAAUGACAUCGUCAAGUCCUUUGCAGGCCACUCCGAGUCUCCUAUUCUGUCCUACGUGUCUAUCAGAAAUGGAGAAUAUGCCCUUCUGACUAACAUGUCCGGUCAGCUUCUUCUGCAACAAGGCACGGACAUCCUCGACCGCAGAAAAGACCAUACCAAAUAUGUCGUGAAAGUAGUCGCCUUCGAGGAAAAGGACGACAGUAGUGACGACCCGGAAUCGUCAGGAAAAAUUGUCUGGAUCGCUACGGCGGGCUGGGACUCUAAAAUCUUUCUCUAUCAUCUACACAUCGACCCUACUGCUGAGUCUCGGCAUCCAGUCCUCGGCGAACCCGUGGGCUAUAUCACUCUCCCGACGAACCCGGAGUCCAUGCUCUUUGUCCGACAUGCGGAUUCUAAGGAUUUGAUCUUGCUCGUUGCCCGACGAGACUCGACGCAUCUCUUUUACUAUCAGGUACAGAGGUCGUCCUCUUCUACCCCUACUCCUGAUUCCGCGGGCCCCUACGAAUGCCGUCUUUUGGGCAAACAGAAUCUCGCUCCGCACUCUAACGCCUGGGUCGCUUUCUCGCCGUCUUGUCUGGCGCUGAACCCAUUGGACCCCGGACUGUUGGCCGUGGCGACUUCUACACUGCCGCACAUGAAGGUCAUCGUUGUCCGACUACUCUUCCCGUCCGUCGACAACAUUGAUAUUGUCACUUCAGGACCCGUGACGGGUGGAUCAUCGGAGCCCGAGCCCGAGACGGCGACGACGCAAGCUACACAGGCGUUCGCGGCCCUGACGCUUCAGAACCGCGAGGACGCGGCAAUCAUGAUCCAAGCGAAUGCAUUUGCGCCGCAGACGGCGUACUCGACGCCGCAGGUGGCCUGGCGGCCCGACGGCUCCGGGGUCUGGGUGAACGGAGAUGACGGGGUGAUUCGGGGGGUGGAGACGAAGACGGGGAAGGUGGUUACGAUACUCAAGAAUGGACAUGAGAUUGGGUGUAAGGUGAGGGCUAUCUGGGCGGGUUGGGUGGAUGUUCCUCGCGAGGGGGAGGUCGUGAGGGAGGAGUGGUUGGUUAGUGGAGGAUUUGAUAAACGGUUGGUGGUUUGGAAGGGAGAGGUGUAG